CCUCAAUGGAAGAGUUAAAUCAAAUUUAAAUUUCAUUUAAAUUAAUUUGAUCAUUCAUUAACUAAAUCUAAUUUUCUUUCGCCAAACAUCAAUGAAGAAACUCGAGAAAUCAUUCCCAUAAGCAAUUUAGCUUUAAUCUGAUUAGUUAAAGAUUGUUGAUAACCAAGAAAAUAAGUUGCCCGGCGAAUAGUGUAAAUAAGCUGAUCAGUUUAAAAAAAGCUCUUUAAUUUAAACUAUUUAACCCGGGAGAAAACCCAACAAAACAAAAUCGUUAUGCACUUCUUGCACACACUUGAAAUGUUACUUUGAGCUGACUCUUCGAUUUUCUGGAUUGUUAAUUCACGAAAGAAAAUUAAAUUAAAUUAAUUAUCAACUAAAAAUGUCUGUUAUCUAUAAUUAUGUUUCUUUCACAUCAGUUUUGUUUCUGUGUUUCCAUCUCAGAGCUUUUUCAUCACCUUUACAACAUGACAGCAAGCUCAUCUCUUUGAAUUCUACGCAACCUGUUACAUCAGAGUUAAAUAUUACGAACUAUGGGAUAACUAAUAGCACAGAGUUCAAUGCCAACGAUACAUCAGAAGAAGAUGAUCUAAUAAAUAUUUUAGACGCACCCUUGCCUACAAAUUUUUCAGACAGGAAUCGCUACUAUACAUACUACAAUUCAAAAAUAUUAACGAAGCCAACGGAAGCCAUGAAAUAUUGGGUUGACAUUGAUAAGAUGCCCAAUGUUGCUUUACAACCAAUGCUAUCUGAAUCCCAUCGUCCUGCUGAAUCAGUUAACCUUACUUUCGAAUUCCCGUUCUAUGGACAUCCGAUAAAGAACAUAAGAAUUUCGACCGGAGGAUUUCUUUUCCUUGGUAAUACUGUUCGCAGUUGGCUUGCAUCAAGCCAAUAUAUUGCUCCGUUCAUGGCUAAUUUUGAUACGCGGUUAAACGAAACAUCGAAAAUUAAGUACGCCAAGAAUUCGACUGUAUUUGUUGUCCAGUGGGAGAAUGUUGCAACCAAGGAACUUCCUCAAAUAUUUUUUAUUUUCCAAGUUUCUCUAUUUCCAAAUGGUGACAUUGUCUUUGUUUACAAGGACCUUCCAAUUUCAUUCAACGACUUACCGAGUACUCAUCAUCCUGUUAAAGUUGGACUUUCUGAUGCAUAUCUAAUUGAUAGAUUUGCUUUCUUUAUCAGACAAGACACUAUCUUUGAUUAUAAUCGUGUUGCGCUCAAAAAGGAAAAAAUACUCAACAACACCGCAAUUUACUUCACUGCCUUACCAACUUGCAUUACCCUGAAAGAUUUCGAAUCCUGUUCGGUUGGUGUUCCAGGUUUAGAUUGUAGAUGGUGUGAAGGUACUGGACGAUGCUUUGACGGAUUGGAUAGACAAAGACAAGAUUGGCUAGCUAAAAAUUGUUAUACCGAAGCUAAAAAAAAUAAUUGCCUUGUAUCUACUAAUAGCUCAACUGUAAUUCGAAAUGCAACAUCUACUUUUUCACCAUAUCCAGGUAAUUUGAAUCGGAUGGUUCAAUUGGGCAUAUGAUCAAAGAAAUGAUCUUGGGAUUGUGAGCCAUUUAUAUGGAUCAAAAUAAAAAGUGCAAGAUAUCUUAAAAUUUUUUAUAAAGUAAUAGUUUCAUAUGACAUUAAAAGAGCUUCUAAAUUUUAAA